AUGGCAAUGCCAAAUUCUACUUUUGUGACUGAGUUCCUUUUUGAAGGUUUCUCCAGCUUCAGGUGGCAGCACAGACUUGCUUUCUUUGUUGUCUUUCUAACUUUGUACCUGCUGACUCUCUCUGGCAAUGUGAUUAUCGUGACGAUUAUUCGCCUGGACCAUCAUCUCCACACCCCCAUGUACUUCUUCCUGAGUAUGCUCUCCAUCUCUGAGACCUGCUACACUGUGGCCAUCAUUCCCCGUAUGCUUUCUGGUCUCUUGAAUCCUUACCAGCCCAUUGCCAUCCAAGGCUGUGCCACUCAGCUCUUCUUCUAUCUCACUUUCGGCAUCAACAACUGCUUCCUGCUCACAGUCAUGGGAUAUGACCGCUAUGUGGCCAUCUGCAACCCCCUAAGGUAUUCAGUCAUCAUGGGUAAGAGGGCCUGUGUCCAGUUGGCAUCUGGGUCACUGGGGAUUGGUCUAGGCAUGGCCAUUGUCCAGGUAACAUCUGUGUUUGGCCUGCCCUUCUGUGAUGCCUUUGUCAUCUCCCACUUCUUCUGUGAUGUGAGACCCCUGCUGAAGCUGGCCUGCACAGACACCACUGCCAAUGAGAUCAUCAACUUUGUCGUCAGCGUCUGUGUCCUCGUGCUACCUAUGGGCUUGGUCUUUAUCUCCUAUGUCCUCAUCAUCGCCACCAUUCUUAAGAUUGCCUCAGCUGAGGGUCGGAAGAAGGCUUUUGCCACCUGCGCCUCCCACCUCACAGUGGUCAUCAUCCACUAUGGCUGUGCCUCCAUCAUCUACCUGAAGCCUAAGUCCCAGAGUUCCCUGGGACGGGACAGACUCAUCUCAGUGACUUACACUGUCAUCACUCCCCUGCUGAACCCCAUUGUGUACAGCCUGAGGAACAAGGAGGUCAAAGAUGCUCUGCGCAGGGCCGUGGGGCAAAAGCCCCUGUCUCCUUAAUGAGGAGAGGUUGUAAAGGCUUUUUCUUUGAGUUUAUAAAUAUG